AAUAGACUAGGAUUACCAGUCAUAUGAUCUGUGGCACCUGAGUCAAUGACCCAUUUUGAGGAUGAUGAAACAAGACAUGUGUUUGAAAUACCUGAAUUUGCGACUACCGAGAUAGGGGUAGAUGAAUGCUUUAGAGAUUCUUGGUAGCAAAUAAAUUUAGCAUACUCGUCUGAAGAAAUAGCAAUUGAUCCAUCAAAUGAACUCGUAGCGGAAGCAACAUGAGCAAGCUGAUUUCCUUGAUUUUUGAACAGCAACUUUCUACAUUCUUUGAGCAAGUGUCCAGGCUUCUUGCAGUAAUUGCAUCUUAUUUCUCUGCCAAACUGAGUGGUACAAAACAUUCUUUUUUUUUUUUGAUUUUUUUUUUUUGCAGUAGUAAGUUCAAAAUUGAGAUACUGCCAUAAGCUACAGCAGCCUUUCCCCGUUUGUGGGCUCAAAAUUUGGAGAAGAGAAUUUGGAGGAAAAAAAAACUUACUCAACUUUUAAAAUUGAUGCGCUGACAUAUCGGUAGCAGUUCAAGGGGUGUCCACACAUAUCCGAUGCUAGACACCAGCGAGGCAGCGACCAACCCACCUGGGGCGUCCACAGUAUCCGAUGCCAGACACUAGCGACCAACCACGAAGCUUCCUCCGGCCCACAGAUCCCGUCCCUUGCUGGACAAAGAACGAGAGAAGUAAAGUAUACCUGGCAGAGGACUUUCAGGCGAGUUUCAGACGAAGAGUUCCGAUCAGAUUCCGGCCAGAAACACGGCGUCACGCGCCGGCGCGUGAGUUGGCUGCGGAAUCUUCCGGCGGCGCGUGUCACUCACGCGCAAUGAUUUUGGAGUGCGGACCUUGGGUGUUCGGUCGACAGUGGCAGGAGAACCAGAGGAUAAGGGAGGUUGAACAGGGUUGUCGGAUACCCAGUUGCUUCUGAGAUCGAAGGUUCUGGCAAAAGCUUCUGGGAAGAGGUUCUGGGAAUAAUCGGAGGUUCUGAGAUUGAACUAAGCUUCUGAAUAGAGAUUCUGUGUAAAGAGGUUCUGACUGGGUUGAGUUUCUUGUAGACAGAAUGGUGCACAGAGGUUCUGAACUGAACUCAAGUUCUUUGAGAAAGAACCGAGUGUGAAAAACUAAAUUGAAAUCUGAAAAACUAAAUUGAAAUGAAAGGCUUUGAUACCAUGUUGAAAUAGAGCAUAUUAACUAAGAAAUAAUAUUGGAGAGUUAA